AUGGCUUCAUCACACGCGCCCGAAGAGGAAGAUAUACAAAUUGAUCCGGCGGAACCUCUCAAGGGCGUCGUUGUCUGCUGUACAAGUAUUCCUGCUGAACAUCGUACCACCAUCGCCGCCAAAGUCUCCGAGCUGGGAGGUGUCCAUAAAUACGAUCUUACUCCAGACGUAACUCAUCUUAUUGUCGGGGACUACAACACCCCCAAAUAUCGCCAUGUCGCCCGUGAACGCCCCGACAUCAAGGCCAUGGACGCUGCCUGGAUCGAGGCUCUUAGCGAAUUAUGGAAGAACGACGACGAGAUCAACUACCGACAACUCGAGAACGAAUACCAGCUCAAGCCUCUAGAGAAACGAGGCAUUGACCCUGCCAUUCAACCAGACGAGGGAGAGGCCGUACGAGAACCAUUGCGCAUAUGUUUAACGGGAUUCGGUGACCAAAGAGGCGACAUUGCAAAAAAGAUCACAUCAAACGGAGGAGUGUUUACCGGCGACCUAACGAAAAAAUGCACCCAUCUCAUAGUCCAUAAACCCGAGGGUAGGAAAUAUACUGCGGCCAGAGCAUGGGGCAUCUACCCCGUCACGCUUGCUUGGCUCGACCAAUCCAUUGCGCGGGGAAUGAUACUUGAGGAAACCAAAUUCGACCCUACGUUACCUCCAGACGAGCAAGGAAAGGGUGCUUGGGUUAACAGAGAACUCAAGCGUUCGUUGAGCAAAAGAUCCAAGUCUGCCAUGGGGAUCGGCGCCGAGGAAGGUCCUAGGAAGCUUAGGAAGACUGCCAGUAUGAAGUUGAGUUCGCAGCGAAAUAGCAUGUGGGGUGAUAUUCUUGGACGGUCAACGUCAAGAGAGUAUUCCUUCGCGCAAGAGAACAAGGCAGAAGAUGCACACAAAAACCAACAGCAGCAGCCCCAGCACGAAGAAGUCCAAUCUCAGCCUCAACCGCCCAUCCCACCCGUCCUAGAAGAACAGGGCAUCUUUGCAAACUGUCGCUUUUACAUACACGGCUUCACCGCGACAAGGACUUCUGUACUUGAGCAAACGCUCACCACCCUCGGGGCCAUUGUUUGCAAAUCACUCAAUGAAGCUGCUGUGGGCGAAAGUCAGCAACCGCCUCGGAGCCGCUUUCUCAUCGUCCCUCAAAUAUCCCAGCCAGAUACCCAUCCUCGACAAUCCUACGAUAACCUUUACGUUGUGACGGAAUACUACAUCGAAAAAUGUCUACAUAACAAGCAUUACUUUGACCCUACAGAGCAUGUUCUUGGUCGACCAUUCCCUUUCUUUCCCAUACCAGCAUUCGCCGACCUCAUUAUAUGUACUGCCGCUUUCACGGGCAUAGAGCUCAACCAGGUCGCCCGUGCUGCCGCUCAGCUGGGAGCCAAAUACGAAGGAGAGUUCCGCAAGACCACAAGUGUUCUAGUAUGUAAGAGCCUUGCUUCCAUGCGUAGGGAGAAGCUUCGUAUGGCUCUUAGAUGGGGUGUGCCCGUAGUAUCGGCAGAUUGGUUCUGGGAAUGUAUAUCUACUGGAUUCAAGGUACCCCUCGACGACUAUAUUUUUCCCGAGAUAAAAAGCAGAUACUCAGAAACGUCUAAGCCAUCCUCCAAGGCAGCACCAAAGACUAUACCUGAAGCCCGAACACAAGGCAAACCAAUACAACGCACUGUUUCAGAACCUGCUCCCAAGCCAACAAAGGGCAACGCGCCCAAACCUCCACCGGCCGCUGGAGUUGACACCACAGCCUUUGCUCACGACUCACCAGAAAAGGGGAGAUCCGUACGCAAGACCGUUGCGAAAGCUGCUCCAGCAGACUCUACCAUAUCAGCAGAGUUUGUCACAGCUCGCACGCACCCUACGACUGUAAAUAGUCUGCCUAAAGAUAAAGAUUUUGACGCUCCUCUCGGUGAUAUUCCCCUUUCAAAGGUCCCUCAGGCACGUAUGAGUGGAUCUCCGUCACCCACUAAACAGCAAAAGGCACUGCCUCGUACCCAAUCCGACCCCGUCACGGCGAAACCCCAUGAUGAAGAAACGGGAAGUCUCCCUUCAGAUCUACAAGAUGAUGUCCAAGAGACUAAGCAACAACAAAACACUGAGCAAGUACACAGUCGUGCUAAAGCUGCCGAACGUCAAGCUCUGUCCUCAAAACUCACAUCACUCAUCGAAACGACAACCCCAAGCAUUCCCUCUUUCGCCUCCGACGAUACCGAUCACGUUCCCUCACGACCUCGUAAACGCCACCUCUUUGGGCGUGCAAUUAGCAACGCCUCCAAUGCCAGCAGUGUCGCCUCACGUUCCGCUGCUGAGCACCACGAUGCGUGUGACGACGACGACAAGGAAGCGGGCAAUGGAUCUGAACCGCCAGCAACCCAGUUGGAAUACCGCGAUGACAAAGCUAAAGAAUGCCGGGCUGCAUUGAUGAAUCGCAUGAUGGGCGGUAGUGGCGAAUUCAAGCCAGCGCCCAUGCCUGCAGCUCCAACACUGAGUAUGAUAGCCGGAGCAACGCGAACGCUGAGAAAGCGAGAACAGAGCGAACAGCAUGUGUUUGGAUUUAUGUAA